AUGUUAGAGAAACCAGCACUGAGAGUCGGCAACGUCUCCGGCGCGACGGGCGACCACCCGCACGCCAUGGCCCGCAUGGUGCGCUCCGGGAACGUCCAGGUCAUCACCGGCGACUGGCUCUCUGAGAUGAACAUUGCCUGGAACGCCAUCACCCGGCGCGAUGUCGACUCAGAACUCGGCUACGAGCAGGGAUUCUUCGACCAGCUCGAGGCCUGUCUGGACGACAUCAUGACCCGCGAAAUUCGAGUCGUUGUCAACGCCGGGGCCCUCAACACCGCUUCGUUGUUCCGCAAGGUCAAGACGCUGUGUAGGGAUAGGGGAUAUUCCCCCUCCAUCGUCGCCGCCGUCUUUGGGGAUGAUGUUACAGAGCUUCUCGGUCAAGAUGACCCCGCGAACCGUGUGCCCAACCGCCUGUCCUUUCCGCACCUCGACCAUUCGGAGCUGACGCUUGACAGCUGGGGCUUUACUCCCUUGACCGGGAACGCAUACAUAGGCUGCUGGGGGAUAGCAGCCGCUCUGCGAUCUGGUGCGAGAAUCGUUCUCUGUGGACGGUGCACCGAUGCCUCCCCUGUCAUGGGUGCUGCUGCAUGGUACUACGGAUGGCAGGUGGAGCAGUACGACGAACUCGCCGGGUCAUUGCUUGCUGCCCAUCUGAUAGAAUGCGGGCCGUACGUCGUGGGGGCCAAUUUUUCAGGCUUCAAAGAGUUCCUACCGGACUUGGUUGAUCUGGCUUUUCCGAUUGCUGAGAUCGAGCGGGACGGCUCAUGCGUCAUCACCAAAACAUCCGAAGGCGGCGGCCGCGUCACGCGACAUACUGUCACUGCCCAGCUCCUGUAUGAGCUCCAGGGUCACCUGUAUCUCAACCCAGAUGUCGUGGCCAAUCUCCAACAUGUGCGAAUCGAAGAAGACGGGCGAAAUGCCUCUCGGGCGCAGGUAGAAGACCGGGUCCGCGUCUACAACGCCAGGGGCCUCCCUCCACCUCCAACCACCAAGGUCAUGUUUACCGCCGAGGGCGGCUAUCAAGCGGAGGCCAUGUUUUACAUCAACGGCCUAGACGUCCAGGAAAAGGUCGCGAUGAUGAAAAAUCAGCUCCGACACUUCUUCAGGGACAGCAACUUCAGUCGCCUCAGCAUCGAGCAGUAUGGCAGCCAGGUUCCCAAUCCGCCUUCUCAGCAGGCAGGAACCGCCAUGCUCCGCGUCUUUGCUCAGGCGCGCAAGCUUUCUGACAUUGCGGCGCUCAAGUUCAAGGUCCCCAUCUACGCCGUCAGGAUGCAGAGCUAUCCGGGCUACCACAUGUCCCUGGACUUCCGGACCAUGGACCCUAAGCCGUACAUGGAGAUGUUCCCCGCCUUGAUGCCGCAGAGUGCCAUUAGGCAUCGUGUCGAGCUCGGCUCAGGAGAGAUUCUGUCGAUUGAGCCGCCCUCCAAAACAGCCUUGUACCCGGUCCAGCGGCCCACCAGAGACACCAAAGGCCCAAUCGACGUGUUGUCGCUGGGUGCAACAGACUUUGUGCCCCUCGGGAGCAUUGUGCACGCACGCUCAGGAGACAAGGCUGACAACUCCAACGUCGGCUUCUUCGUGCGCCACGAUGACGAAUACGACUGGCUGCGGUCGGUGCUGACGACAACUCGACUCAAGCAGCUCUUUGGAGAUGACUGGUUCAAGAGCAAUCCGGACAGGCGCGUGGAGCGCGUCGAGUUUCCAGGAAUCAACGCUGUUCACUUGUAA